CCUCCUCCGGUCCCCACGAUACGAGAUACCCAUCCCAGAGGUGUACGAUUGGGACCUCACCUUCGACAACCCGGUAGGGGCUCCAUUUGUAUUACGGGAAGUGGUGAUUGGGAAGAACAUGGCGGAGGAUGGGCGUUUCUACAGGCUGAAGUCUCAAGACAAGAUGAAGGUGAUUAGGGAGCUGGCACUCGUGCAAGCGGAACUAUCCAAGCCUUCCGAAUUCACAAAUAUUGGGAGUAUAUAUCAUCAGGGGGGGGACAAGUCGGAAUUCUAUGUCGGGGAGCUAAUCUCGGCGGCCUGCGGCGAGGAUUUUCCAGAAGAGGAUGAGGAAGCCAUUCCUUCGAAGGGGCCCUACUCGAGCCUUCCGGAGCUAUGGCAGGCAAGGUUAGAGCGAGAGACGCUAUUGGCUAUUCGCAAUUGGUCCUCACUCAGCUCAGACUCGUCUAUAACCUCAUUAUCUCCAUCGUCAAAAGCAAACCCCCAGCAAUUCGGCGAAGUACUGCAGUUGCUGUCUGGUCUCACAAAUCUAUUCACUCCGCCACAAGAGCUAGCAACGCUAUGCAUCCAUCAUUCAGACCUUGCGAUCCGGAACGUGUUGUUCGACGAGAAGACACUAAAAAUCACAGGCGUGAUAGAUUGGGAGUUCGCAGCCGUGGUGCCCCUAGUCAUUACCGGCCGCUUCCCAAAUGACCUAGGCUGGGAAGGCAACGAAUUCGCGCGCUCACUCGGCAAGCUGGGGACCACAGCCGAGCAAUGGAACCACCACUACUACGAUUGGACAAGCCUGGAAGGCGUGACCCCUCCACCAGCGCCCAACGGCGCCACCCCCGAAAGCCCCCUCUCCACAAUACCCAAUUCAUCAGAAGACUACCUCUCGGCGCCAAACACCAGCCCACCAACCCCCCCCUCCCCGGACGGAAAAUGCCUCCCACGUUCGAGGCACCCCGAAGAGGCACAAACCCCCACGACCCCAACCCCCCAACAAUCAUCGGAAAUCCCCUCCCCACCAUCCCCGCCACUACCCCCACCGCCAAACUCCCAAACGUCGCAGAAGGAUCUGGACAUCCGCGCCGCGCGCCUCGUGCAGCUCUUCUAUCUGCGCAAGUACUACGCCUCGUGCGUCGCCUCGCGCGACUUUGCCCUCACACGCCUGUUUAUCGACUCGAUAGCGUACGUCAAAUUCAACGAGAUCGUCAUGGGUGGGCAUGAUAAGUGGUUCUCGGCGAUCGAGUGGAUACGCGAGGUCUUCUGGAGGCUCAAGACGCUAGGUGAGGACGAGGCGGAAUUGGGGGAGAAGCUGAGGAGUGGGAGGGCCGUCGUUAUGGUUCCGGAGGUCUUUGCUGGGCGCGCGGAUAGGGGGGUGGUGGAUUUGGGGGGGUGGGAGGAGAGGUUGAGGAGGAAGAGAGCGGCAGUAGAGAAGAGUUGAUGGUGAGGAUGAGGAGCAAUCUUCCUAACUGGUGCUGCUUCCCGCCUUUGGGUUUGGGGUCUUUCUUUUGCGCCGGUGGGGGAGAUUAGAUAUAAUUUCAAGAUGGACGCGGGGUGGCACGGAACGAAUCCGGAUCAUCAUCACACGAAAGCACAGGAAUAGCUUACCGCUACUCCUCUCACCUGACGAACAACCAGCGAAGCGAAAACAAAUAGGCUCCCGCACGUGGCCGGCCGGCCGGCCGGCGGGGCGGGCAUCAAACUUAAUGGCGUUAUCCGGAAGUCGCACAUCAUUUCAAAUCCAUCUCAACUCCCACCCACUCAUCUAUCUGCAUAAUAUUCCGAAACCCUUUUUUCUCGCUUAUUACUCCUAGGGAGUUUGACUUGUGCUUUUUUGUCUAUUCUAUUUGUCCCUUUUGAUUUCAUUAUAGAAGAGAUGCUUCCCUGCUUUUGGUUGUUCCCUUGAAUAUCCUCAUGUUUUUGCUGUUACUCUUAUUUGUUUAUUUAUUUAUUGGCUUUAUGGCAUUUCACGGCGCUCUUCACGACGUUUUGUAAUCACAUCUAUAAUAAUAUCAUGGAGGUCAUUUUUUCUU